GGCUGUCGCGAUGCAUUUCUCCGAGAGCGAUUGGAUCGCGUGCUGCGGCAGCUCCAAAUUCGCCAAGGAGAUGGCCAAGGUCGGGCCUUUCAAGAAUCUCGCCGAGGCGAUCGAGAUGUCGCGGCAGAUAUGGUGGAAUCAGGUGGAUGUUCCUGGAUGGCUGGAAGCUUUUGGAGCUCAUCCAAGGAUUGGAGCGCUCAGCAGCAAGUCCACAACAGACUGGUGUGCCGAGGAGCAAGCUACAGCACUGAGCAGUGCAAAUGAUCGAGCACUCAAGGUAGAUCUAGCCGAGUGGAAUCGGCUCUACGAAUCAAAAUUUGGCUUCGUGUUCCUUGUCUGUGCAACUGGAAAGAGUAGCUCGGAAAUUUUGCAGCUUCUCAAGGGACGAAUCACAAAUAGACCCUUGGUUGAGCUCCAAGUUGCUGCAAACGAACAACAAAAGAUCACAGAACUACGGUUGUCAAAGCUCGUCUCACAGAACACUGCUCCUGGCGGUGACGAGAACACUUCCAAGUUGAGCCUUUCGGAGCAGAGACUUGAUCAUGAAAAACCUCUCGGCUCUCCUCUAAGCCGCGAAGAAUCUGGUACUUUUCGGACUGGUAACAUAGAUUUUUGUUUCUUCGUUUCGCUUCGAGUGUCGUACCACAUUCUCUUAACUAAACUCGCCGUGCCUGUUCCUAUAGGUGACGCAAAAGCUGACGGACGGCUCAGCAAGAUCGAAGCUCACGUCUCUGGUCAGCAGCCGCAACCAUCUCUCCGCCCCCCAAUCACAACGCACGUCUUGGACGUUUCGCUGGGAAGACCAGCUGCCGGCUUGGAAAUCUCGCUGGAGCGUCUCGAGGACACGUCUUGGAUGCCGCUGGGAACAUCGGUGACAAACCAGGAUGGGCGCUCGGGUCCUCUAAUGCAAGCCUCGGAGCGAGUCGCCGCUGGAGUUUACAGGCUGACUUUCAACACUGGCAAGUAUCUCUCCUCCACGGCGAGCAGCGCCGGCGCUGGGCCAUUCUAUCCUUACGUUUGCAUCAUCUUUGACAUCAAGCCGCCACAGGAGUUCCAGCACUUUCACGUCCCUUUGCUGCUGUCGCCCUUCAGCUUCACGACUUACCGAGGAAGCUGAGAGCUUGGGAGAACUUUGUUCUCGUUCAUACAAAACUAUGGCUUGACAUUGUCGACCGGUGGGCGCUGGAGGUGAUGCUUUGUGACUUUCUGGAAGGCCAUUGCCAGUGCCAAAACCUGUGAAGCUCUCACGAUAUAAAUAAAUGGUCUCUGGAAAGAUCUGUUUGCUUA